UCACUGCUGGCUAACUGGUCGAAGAAGUCGGCUAAACCGAGUGUGCCGAGAACUCACGGUACCGUUAACCGUGUUUCAUACGGAGAGAUAGAUCAAUUCGUACCUGAGCUACCUGUGCAGAACCUGAAACCAGGUGCGCGAUACCACGAUCGUAGUGAAGCGGACCGGAGAAGUUUUCAUUUUUGGGGAAAAAGGAAAGAAAAAAAUCUUUCCUCUUAGUGAUCCAGGAUGAUCGUGCUAGCGUGGUCAUUGUUCGUGCUGGUCUCAUUACUCGUCGCUACUAAUCAAGCCUUCCUGACGGCUCCUGCACCAGUUCACGGAGUGUCGAGUUACAAUGUGGCCGACGUUCAACGACGAUUGGAGAGCAACGAGGUGAUUCGUAAAAGCAAUAACAACCACGAACAACACCCGGACGAUUCGACAAACGACGAUCGCGAUGAUGAACCAACCGUCUAUGUAAUCGAGUUCGAAUCCGAGUUGAACGAGAAAGAAGAAAGUAUGAAGAAUACAGGGAAAGAUGCGUCUACCGCGGAUGGAGAUAGCCAGAACCCAUUGGACCCAUGGUCGAUCGUAUGGUACAUCGGUUCGUUUGGCGGCUUGGUAGCCUUCUUUCUCAUAGUGAGCUGUUCGGAAUGGUGUUGUCGUCGCAGUGGAAGGACAUUAACGGUACCCUAUGCCCAACGGGCGGAAGUGAUCAACGGUGGACAAGUUGUGACCGAGACUCCACCCCCUCCUUAUCACCUGUUCGCGCCACCCCCGUACGAUUCCGUCAACUACGGUGAAAUCGUGGACAAGACUUCCGGGGAGAAACUAGACAUCUACGUGAUAUCGGUGCCGAUUCACCGGCCAGUGGUGCAGGUACCUGCCUAGAAUCUCCCCGCGGAGGUCCUCGAGCAGAGGAUAAUGGCGAGACAAAGAAAAUGACACUGACCGUGUCGCAACAUAUUUAUCGAUAGACGAUUCCCCGGUGUUCUUCGAUGGUUCUCCCUUGACUGGGACCCGAUUACACAUUUUUUUUUUUUUUGACAAUCGUCUGUUGAUGCCAGGAUCGACUGGCUCGUUUGAAACGAGCACGGAUCAAGGAGAUAUGUAACGACGAGCUGUGAACGCAAAAGAUGCUACAAGCAUCGACUAGAGGAAAAUGAUUUCUUGAUCGAAGAUCCCAUGGAGUUCCUCGUCGAACGAGGAAUGCAAGAAGAAGGUUUAAUGAGAACAGCUAAGAGUGUCUAUCUUUGGAUUGCGAAGCAGUCGAACAACUUUAAAGGGUUAACUAUAGAAGGAGAAGAAACGCGAAACGAUAAUGAAAUCUUGAAGGAGAGAAAUGCGAAUCCAUAAUGCAUGGGUGCGAAGUGAAAGGAAUUAUUUCUGAGAUUAUCGAGGAACGAAAAUUUCUGUUGUUGCAUAUCGGAAUGAUUUUAGGAUAACGUGAUUUGACAUCGAUCAAUGGUAAUUAAUACCAACGAUCGCGAGACUACUUUUAACCAAUUAUUUAUCCAAUCACUGCCCGAUCAAAUGAAUCGUUCGAUCUAAUCUUUCAGAAUGAAUGAUAUACCGAUGAUUGUUGAGCAUUGUUUUGCAUUCAGUUUAUCUUAGCCAAACUUGGAACAAUAACUGCCAUAUUUUAACGAAUUUUAAUAAGAACAACUUCGUGAGACGAUUUCUCGAGGUCAGGAUAAUAAUUUUACCCGUGCUGCUCUAAGAAGUAAAACAAUUUCAACGAGUGUUUCGUGUAAUCAGAGGAUCGUGAUUCUUCGUUUUCUUCGAGCUAGAUCAAUUUUUGUUAGAACAAUUAUUCGAAUGUUAAGAUUACCUCUGAUAGGAAUGAAUUACGCGCGUCAUUUUUUCAAAUAUAAUUCAAACGACGGUGUUGGGAAACACGCAUGCGUAAUUGUCCUUUACAAACCUGAACGAGUUAUCAAACGGAACACGUGUGCGAGAGGUUCGAAUAAUCUCUAAUAUCGCUACACACGAUUAACCUCAAUCGUGAUCGUUUCAAGCCCGACAAUUGCUGAUGAUUAUACAUAGACUACGAAUUGACUGCCAUAAAAAAGAAUCUAACCGAAGGGGGUCACGAAAAUAGUUGAGAAAUAAUAAUACUGAAUAUUAAAAAUGACUUAUUUCGAACAUGACGAAGCAUUGAUUAUUUUUUUUGUUUCACGGACGUUCGGAUAUUUUUGCAAACUGAUAACUGUUAAAAUGAAAACAACCGGUUGAAUAUUUGAAAUGAUCACUGGCAACAGUUUACAGAUGGAAAAUAACUGACUAAUACGUAGCCUUGAACAAGCCCGAUUGAACAAAUUCGAGUAACACGAUUCGCCCUAAUUUGUAGGCUUUCUUUAAAAAAAUAUUCGAUGAAACAAGAUACGCGUGUAUUAGUAUUUGAUUUACUAUCUAAUAUUUUCUAACAUAAAGUAUUAGAUCCGUUUGAAAAAUACUCGAGACAUAAAUUAGCGUGUUGCGUGAAAGCAACACAUUCAUUUAUGGAAUUUAGAUUAUUUAUGAAUAUCGUCGCGUUUA